UCCGGGCAAAGAACCAUACAAGCGGGACGUGGUCCGAUCUCCCUUGGAAUUUAAAAUAGCUUAACACGAAAAUGUACUAUAAAGUAAGUGGAGUCACCGGAAGACUAACGGGAACAUCACCUACGACGGCUUACAGCCCCCAGGGGUUGAAGCCCGCGGUGCCCACUCAGGCUCCACCUAUGAUCUUUGCCACUCCAACUAAAGUAGUUUCCGAAGCUGGACCUGCUGUGGAAUACAUGGGAGUAAACAAGGUCCCUGAAUGGCAGAAGAUCUUCCAGAGAGCUGAUGGAGUGCCCAUUCACCUGAAGGGUGGCUACAUGGACAAACUGCUUUAUAGGACCACAAUGGGCCUGACAAUUGGGGGCACCCUCUACUGUCUAAUGGCUCUAUACAUUGCAGCUCAGCCCCGGAAACCACAGUGAAUGAACCCCUCAUCUCUCCCCCUCUUAUUAUUGGAUUCAGUGUAAUAUUAAUUAUUAUAAACAGGAGCAAUAGCACGGACUAUGGUGAUUCAGCUCCGAGAGACAGUCAUGCAGAGGAAUUGCUUCUCUUCAGCCCAUCGUAUUUAUGUUCCACAGAUUGAUGUUACGAGUUCCCCAGUUAAGAUUUGGCAUGUCUGUGUUUCCAUACAGUCAUGGAAACAGAGGCAGAUAACAGGAGUCAAACACCCUCUGUCAGAGUGACUAUGGGUACAUGUUGGCUUGUUUAUUUAUGUAUGUGUACUGCUUCGGCAUGUAGCUUGGUUAACACUCACUCCAGUCAGUAUCCUGAGAUAAGCAGAUAACGAACAGUAAUCUUUUCAGGGCCAUUUUGGAUGCUGUGGUAGGCUUAACGUUCUCGUUGAGGAGGGUAGAGCUUUUUUUUUCCCCCCCUAGCUCUAGGUUUGCACCUUGCAAGAUUUUUGAUACAGAGAUGAGUUUCUAUUCCAUUUAAAUGCCAUGUUACCUCAACUAUUUCACAUAACUCAAGUCCACAUUCACAUACUCAAGUUUCCAGCAUCUGACAGAGGGUGUGUGAGCUCGACUACACUAAUUAUACCGCCAGUCACUUACCCCAACAUGAGUGACAGUGUAAAUGCUGUCCACAUAAUUUUUUCUUGGAAAAAAUAAAAUAUAUUUUUGUCUUGGAAAAAAAAAAGAUAA